AUGGCACCUUUUAAUAUGGAGAUUCCUACCUUGGCAAUUCCUGGUGAUAGGAACCAAAACCAACCUAUUGAAUUACAGCAGCAGGUCCAACAACCUCAACAACCUCAACAACCCCAGCACCUCCAACAAGCGUACACGGGCCACUUACAACGUAAACAAGCAGAAGAAGGUUCAGCUGAGUGGUAUUUUGACAAAAGCUGUGAAUGGAUGGGCGACCACCCAUGGAUGACCGGUAUGGGGUUAUUGGGAGCUGCAUAUUUUGCUUCUGGUUUUGUUAAGUCGAAACAACCUGGUCUCAACGGUAAGGCGUUUAUUAAAGGUUCUUUUGGACAGAAGAUGACCCCUAAAGAAGCGUUACAGAUCUUGAACUUGAAGGAAACCAACUUAUCGCAAGCUAAGUUGAAAGAACAACACAGAAAGUUGAUGAUGGCUAACCACCCGGAUAAAGGAGGUUCUUCAUUUUUAGCUACUAAGGUCAAUGAAGCAAAGGAUAUAUUAGAAAAGAGAGGUGGUUUAAAGAAGAAAUGA